GUGGGGGUAAAUCACAGUUAAUGGCAUUGUUACCAUUUGCAGGCCCGCGCUCUCUCUCUCUCUCUCUCUCACACUCGCUUUCUCUCUUUCUCUCUCUACCCUUCACGCACGCCUCCCGUCUUCAUCCGCCCUGGUCGUCAAUGCUUCUUCCCCCGAGUUUGGCAUUUUGAACCUUUUUUUCCUCACAUAUGGCUUGUUUCGUUGUGUGGAAGCUCUCUCUAGCUUUGCGUCGCCCCACUUUGGUGCUCUUUGGUUUCCUUGCGACGUGUGGGCAGUCGCCUCUGUAGAUCUCCUUGUGGCGGGGUUCCUUCGGUUUCCAGGUUUUGAUGGUGCAAGAGAGCAAUAUUCGCGUGCAGGAACUUGUGGGUUGUAAAGAUGCGACGCAAGUCGGGCAGGGCCUAGCUGUGAGGGAGCGAUAGAGAAAGGGAGAGAGAGGGCGAGAGGAAGAGUGGAAGUGAGUGGGGGUGAAGAGAGUGAAUGAAGAGAUGGGGUAGCGAAACGAGGGCGUCGGAGAAAGCUGGAAAGAGCCGAGGGGAAGAGCUGCGGCAACAGGCGGGUGGAUGGGGAAAUGGUAACGGAUAGGGAAUUGCGGACGCUGCUCCUGUGGUGGCAUGUGAAUGCGGGCUUGGUGGGAGUGGGGGAGGAAGUGAGUGUGCGCAGGAGGAAAUCCAAGGGUUGAGAGUUGCAGAAUUCGUUGCAGUAGGGAGUGAUUUUUUGUUUGCAGUUUUAGGCUCGAUUAGGACGAUAACAGGAAUAACAUGGAGAUGCCGCCUCCAAACGAGCAGCGGUUCCAGCCCACUUUGCCUCGAUGGCGCACCAGCGAGCUCCUCCCGUUCAGCCAGCAGCUCUCGCCGGGAGGGCCGUUCUCCGGUGUGGAUUCCAAGUUUCUCAUCGACGACAGCGUGUUGACAGAUCUCAUGGAUCUGGACCCGCUCUGCGAUCAGAACACGGAGCCAUGGGCAAUUGUGGGGCAGGACUUCGGUUUGCCGUUCGCAAGCUUCUCCCCUGGGGUGUUCUCGCCAGGUAAUUUCUCCCCGUCCGCCAUGUCUCCGCCUGCGUCGCAGGUAUCUCAGAGCUCGCAGCUCUAUGCGCAGGUUAAUACUUUGAUGGCUGUGCCGGGAGGGCAGUUUUCUUCUGGAGUCCUAGUGCAGGAUGGUGGGCUCUCACCUUCGUCCUCGCGCCUGCUCGACCUCCUAGACCAGCCCGCAACGUCGGAAGGGUAUCUUGUUGCUAUGACUCCUGGUGCCGGUGCAAAUUUCGCCGAGAUGCCGCAAAUUUACAUCACACAUGGUCAGGGGUCUAAUCCUCACAGUAAUUCUCAAGGCGCCGCGGUGACCGAAAGGCUGAAUGAUCUGGGGAAUGACAGGAUUAACUAUGGGAAUAAUUGUGGGGUGGUAUCCAUGCGAGCGAAUCAGGGUGGAGAGCUUGCACCUAGCAGCAGGGUAGGGGAAUUGCAGGAUGAGAACUCCCAGCUGAUAGAUCCCGCCUCGUUCGAUUGCACGAAUGGGGCGCAGAACGCACAGUAUGACAUGAUCACGAAGUCUGAAAACUCGAGGAAGAGGUUGAUGACGGUGGGGACCAAGGAGUCUCUGAAGGACCGCAUGAUGCAGGCGUUGCGGCUAAUUGGCAGAUCAUGUGUGGAUGUGCUGGCCCAGGUGUGGAUGCCCGUGCGGACCACAGACAAUCAGACUGUGCUGUCUACUCGCGAGCAGCCGUUUGUGCUGGAGCGCAAAACGGAUCACAUGUGGACGUAUCGGUCCAUUAGUGAGAAUUAUGUUUUCGCAGUGACGGGAGGGUUCCCGGGGCUUCCAGGGCGCGUGUACUUGCAGCAGGUGCCGGAAUGGACCCCAAAUGUGCAAUUUUACAGUGAUCAUGAGUACCUAAGAGUGAAGCACGCAAUGGCAUGUGAUGUGAAGGGGACGCUAGCUGUGCCCGUGUUUGAGGCGGGCUCGCGGAAUUGUUUGGCUGUCAUUGAGCUUGUGAUGAAGGCUGAGAAGGUUCAGUAUGCUCCAGAGAUUGACAUAAUCUGUCGGGCUCUGCAGGCUGUGAACUUGUCAUGCUCGGAUGGGAUGGAGCUUCCAGCAUUAGAGUUUCGAACACAGGGCCGGCGCGUGGCACUUGCAGAGAUCAGCGAAGUUCUGACUGCCGUUUGUGAAACCCACAACCUCCCGCUAGCUCAGACGUGGGUUCCUGGGAGCCACCACUCACUGGAAAAGCCCAGCAACAAUAAAAAGUCUCGGAUUGAAAGUGGCGGCAACAGUAAAAGUUCCGGGGGCAGUUACAGCAGCAGCCGCGUCUGUCUGCGUACCGGCGACGGUCCUCACUACGUUAAGGACAGCAAGAUGUGGGGAUUCAGGCAAGCAUGUCUAGAGCAUUUCUUGGAGAAGGGACAGGGUGUUCCUGGCAAGGCCUUCGCCUCCAACCAACCCGCUUUCGAAAGCGAUGUAAAAAACUACAGCAAGAUUAAGUAUCCUUUAGGGCAUUACGCGCAGCUGUUUGGCCUCACUGCGGCAGUUGCGAUCCGUUUGAGAAGUAUCCACACGGGGACUGAUGACUUCGUGCUAGAGUUUUUUCUCCCGGUGAAUUGCACCAGCAGUAAUGACCAGCAAGUGAUGUUAAAUUCUCUAUCGAUUACGAUGCAGCGCGUAUGUCGAAGCUUGAGGACUGUUACGGAUAAAGAGUUUGCGGAUGAGGUGAAGGCUGCCACAGCGGAGGAGAAGGCGGAUGCCGAGAGCACUCUUUCGAAGGCGAUGGAUCCGCUUGAGGACCAGGGAAGUGGCGGUGCGUCUGCAAUGGGAUCAUCUUUUUCCGAGAAUGCAACGGAAGGGGAUCACUUGCAAGAGAAGCUAGCACAGGAUCCACAAGUAGCGUCAGCGUCUUCGUUGCAGCGUUCUCAGUCAGUCGCGAGCAAAAACGUUCAAAUGGAAGAAUCCAGCGAACAUGUCGAGCCAAUGUCGAAUGGCCAGAAGCAAACGGCUGCCCGAGAGGCGGGAGCUUUGAGAACGUUCACGAGCAUAGCGCAGAACGCUGCGAAUCCGAACAGAAAGCUAGACAAGAGGCGGGGGACGACGGAGAAGACGAUAGGGCUGGACGUUCUGCAGCAGUAUUUCGCAGGCAGCUUGAAGGACGCAGCGAAGAGCAUUGGCGUGUGUCCAACCACUUUGAAACGAAUUUGUCGUCAGCAUGGGAUACCGAGGUGGCCGUCACGGAAGAUCAACAAGGUGAGCCGGUCUCUGAAGAAGCUUCAGGGCGUGAUCGAAUCGGUGCAAGGCGCGGAUGGAGCUUUGCAAAUUAAUGCUCUGAGCGGCGACAUCGCCUCCGCGGCAGUCGCUGCGGCAGCAGUGACGGGCGUGCCAGCAGCGAAGGAUGCUGACACACCAGAGGGACGACCAGCUGCCUCUCCCAGUGAUGGCCAUCUCAACAAGCAGGACGGGUUGAUCAAUGGCGAGAGUAAUCAAACUCCAAUGUCAAAUUUAGACGAGGAGUUUUCACCCCGUGAUUCUCAACCCUCCCGGCAUCCCGCAGUAGCUUCUAACUUGAGCUAUGCUCGUGUGGGGUCCAAAGAUGCUGCAAAUCUAGCGAACACAACCGACACAAGAUCUUCACCUACAGAUCACACAUGGAACCGCAACUCGGAUGAAAGCUCUGAAGGUGCUGGACGCGACUCGACGACCUACGGCGACACACAAAACUUCGUCACGGUCUCUUCGGAGCAGGAGUUAAAGGGCGCGGUCCGGAAGCUGGAUCGCAAAGAGGAUGCAAGCGCAAACCUGGACACGCCUCUACUGUGUCUUCCUAAUGGAAGCUCCAGCCGCAGCCAGUGCGGCGCAUCGGACAGCAGCAUGUCGGAAUUCUGCCGCAACGCUGACUCAGGAAGUGGGACUGGCUUUUAUGGAGGUGCGAUCUGCGUGGAGUCGCGUGUCCACGGCGGCGCGCGCGCGCUAGCUGCAUUGCGGGACUCCGACCUGAGCUCAUAUGGGAACCCUGUCGCUUGUGGGCGGUACCCACUGGAAGAUUCUCCGCGGGAGGUGACCGGUGGUCAUCGAACUGGAUCAUCGCAGCAUAAUGGCAGCGAUUCAAGUUCCCCGUCAUCGGGUGCGGGAGGACAUCCUCGCAAGCACUGGCCAGCUCCCGCCCCGGAACCCGAGGCUGUGACAGUGAAGGCAACGUUCGGAGCCGACACAGUGCGGUUUAAGCUGCUGGUAAAAUCUAGUUAUCUAGAACUCAGAACUGAGAUCAGUGGCCGAUUAAAAGUGGACGAUCAGGGUUUUGAUCUGAAGUACCUGGAUGACGAGGAGGAGUGGAUGCUGAUCACAUGCGACGCCGAUGUCAAGGAGUGCAUCGAGGUGGCGCGGACGCUGGGGAGGCACACGGUGAAACUGAUGGUGCGGGAGAAUGGCUCCCGGAACUCGAGCGGAAACAACUCCAACAUCAGUCUGCAGGUAAUGACCACCAGUUAGGAUAGAACACCCCAUCUCGCCAACUGACGCGACUGUCUUUGGAUCUGGAAAAACGCCAAUCUUCAAAGAUGGAAAAUCAAUGUCUGUAUCUAGAAAGAUUUGUGCCGGGACAGCGCCCCUGAGAGCUACCCAAGCGGAACUGUGAUCAUCUGGUCCUGGCUAUUACACUGGGAGAAAACAUUAGGGUUAGGUGACAAGAUCAUACACGGAGGAGAGCAAGAUCAAGAGCAAGAGCAAGUUCAGCAGCUCUGGAAUGGAAUCAAAGGAGGUAAAGCAGUAACGCGGCCGUAAGGUUUUCCGAAGCACAGCCUCAGGCUGUUGAUGUGAACCAGGCCCCUUACCAAACUUUCCACAAUUAUACCAUCCUAUUGCUAGCUGCUGGACAUGGAAGCGGCUCCUCCUAAGUUGGGAGAAUCGGCAAUUGCAUUCAAAAGUGAUCCCUUGGAACAUCGUCACGCUGGGAGGAUUGAUAAUUUGGUUUGCAGCUUGAUGAAGGUCUACGCAGAAGUGGGAACCAAGUACAUAGUGGACCAAGAUUAAAAUAUCCCUUUUACAUGAGAGCACUUUCAGCAGGGUCUUGGUGCUUUUGUUCAUCAUGUGAAUAAUCAAGUUGCAUAAUCUCCCUUGUAUUUUAUGAAACCUCGUAGGUGCAGGGUAGCUCAUACUCUCCUGACUAUAGGUGCUUGCCCUUCUACGAUCAUCGCCACAAGUGUUCCCAAUACAUUCAAUCAACUUGUUGAAUUGUAUACUACGGCUCCCUCUUAGUGUUUUCUGUCUACUUCUGAUCUGGAUGGUUCUUCAACAUGAUGUUCGAACUGAAUGGAAUUGAACUUUUCUGGUUU